UUACAGCGAAAGCAGGUCGCUUGAGGAAAUCGCGCGGAUGAAUUUGAACGGGACAGUUAUUUCCCAAAACAGAUUUUUAACACUGAGUUGGCAGACCCUGUCUUCCAGCGCAAUGGAAGUGGCAUUGAAUUCGAUCAUCGCAGCUGUUGAUGCUUUACGGCGGAGGUUCUCCAUGUGUAAAAGAAGAUUGUGGAGGUUUCUAUUACGUAACGUGUGCCAGCGGAUAUUUCGAUUCUGCCGUAAACAAAAUCCAACGGCCUCGCUUGCCAACGACAGUAGUCAGGAUCAUCGUUUUCCCACCAUCUCCAUUUCUUCCAUAAACGAGUACUCGACCGACCAGCAGCAGACAGUAGUAGUACUACCUCACGACUCCGAAGAGAGACGAGAUCACUCAACGGCUCUCGGACACCCAUCGAAGACUGAAUGUUCCUGGACAAAUUCGCAACUGAACGAAAAUAUUUUUCAGACGAGGAAUUCCAGGCAAAGGCGACGUUUGCAGUUCCGGAUAAAGUCGCUGGACAAAGGAGAGAGGAGCGAGAGCAUCACCAGAAGUUCGCAGCUGCUCACCCGCACGAGGUCGAUCGGGUCACUGGGCACCUCCAUGUCAGAGACCCAUUAUUUCUCCGCUGCCCCUGGGGGGGUAUCUCUCAAAAGUGACUUCUCUCCUCCACACGACGAGAACAACCUGCCUCUAGAGAAGACCGGUCCAUGCCCCUCGCAGGAAUCCUUUCCCUCUUUCGUCAGCUCUUUCGUCUGUAGUUAUCCCGGAGAAGGCGUUGGAGGGUGGUCAACGAGUGUGGUAUCAUCGCCAUUAAGCAUUGUUUCGUCCACUCCUGUUAAAACGAAGCGAUUAUAACGAAAAGGAAUACUCGCUAGAUUUCGUUAUCUAUUUGUCAGUUCUGUUAUUAGUUAGUCUUCAAAAGCUCUAUGUACAUUGUGAAGCAGGUACGCUACAUCUAGGGACGACGAAAACACAAUUCAUAUUUGUUUUCGCACCACCGUUAUGUACAUUAGACAACACCCGCUAGCACAGUUUAUAUCCGAUUACACAUUUUAAUGGCACGCUCUAUUCGCAAAUGUUCCCAGAAACGUCACCGAUCACUUCUUUGAUUAUUCACAACAAUUUCCUAGUAUCUAUUGUUAGCCUUCUAUUUUUGACUGACCUGCGAUAGCAGCAGAUCACUUCGGGAACAGACGUACAUCACUAUCAAUGUCACUUUCAGUAAUUGUUCAACAAUCAUCACCGACUAUUUCUAGCGGUCUGUACUCAAGAGCGCAAAUGAAUGAAUUGUAUAUAGCUCAGUAAUCAUUCUGAAAAAGGAUUGGUCAAUCUCCUCUCAGUUGCAAAUCGGACUGUAAUCAUCUGCUAUUUAGAUGCAGUUGAUCUUAGAGUGUGGAUUCAAGCCUUUGAUGUAUGGUUAGAAAACGUAUUAGUUCAGGAAAUAAAUUCUACAACAUUA